GUGAUGGUUGUUGUUAGUUGGUUAUCUUUAUCACCUCCGCUAAGUCUCUUCUGCUUCUUUUGCCAGUUUUGUGGUUUUUACCUGUAAGACACCAUCUUUUAUAGGUUUCAUCUGCUUUGAUCUUUUCGCAGACAGAGAACUGGUUAUCUGACAUAACGUUCUGAGGUCUCUUUUAUGUGCCGCCUGUUCUGAUUUAUUUACCAGUAUGUCGCAGAAUUGUCUUUGGUCUUUUCUGGCAUUUUUUUCACUUCUUUAUUCAGUGAAAUUUACACUGAACUCAACUUCUCCCUAUGUUGUCCAUCUUUGCAUUGGUUUCCCUUCUGUCUCACCAUCUUCCUCUACUAUCAAUUUUCAGGUGUCCAUACACAAACAUUCUUUGUCUUGCCUCUUUCUUCCUAAAACAGCUGUACGCGUUUCCUUGAACACCACCUUCGGAGAGUUCCAAUCUUCUUCCACACAACUUUUCUCAGCGAUGCUUUGCUUUCUUCCAAACUUUCUGCAAAAGUGGCGUGAGUAUAUCUUUUGUGGUGUCUAGAUCCGCUUUUG